GAAAAAGUAUCAAAAGUUAAAUCGCUUUUCUUCUAUCUCCAUAAGUAAAGAAAGCGUAAUGUUUCGUCCGGUUCGAUCUCUUAUUUCGAAGCUUCAGGCUUCAAAUGUCAUCUAUAGAAUGCCUAGUGGUGCUUGUAUGAGUGACAAGCCUGUAGAUGUUGACUAUUCCUACAUAGAAAUACCUCGCUAUGAUAUUGACAAACCACAGUCAUUGGAGAAACGCAAAGCAAGGCUCAUGUACCAGUCCAGAAAAAGAGGAAUGUUGGAGAAUGAUCUUCUGUUGAGCACUUUCGCAAAGAAACACUUGCCCUCUCUGACUGAGGAGCAAACUAAAAUGUACGACCGGCUCAUCAACACUGUCAGCAACGACUGGGACCUCUUCUACUGGAUGGUUGAGAAACAGCCCACGCCCAAGGAGUACGACAACGAAAUAAUGGAUAUGCUGAAAAAACACGCCAGAAACGAAGAUAAAGUAUCUCUACGUCAACCAAGCCUAUACUAAAGUUAAUAAACCUUGGUUGAAACCAAGAAAGA